UUCAUUUAUCAAACAUCGAAAGUUCAAAACUUUUUUCUAUCCCAUCAUAUUAUUCUAUGGUCUGUUCUAAAAUCUAAAAAUGCCAAAAGUAGUGUCGCGAAGUAUUAUAUGUUCAGAUACAAAAGACCAAGAAGAAUACAGCGAAGAAAAACCUCUCCAUACGUAUUAUUGUCUUUGUGGUCAAAUGACGUUAAUUCUCGAUUGUGGUAUCGACAAACUUCCAUUAAGAAAACGUGACGGAGCUCGUGUUUUGGAUAAAGCUAAACAUGCCCACAAAGUAACGAGCGAUCCCGAUGAAACUGUUUACUUAAAACGUGCCGAAGGUAUUGAAAAACAGCUACGACAAAAAUGCAAAAAAUGUGGGCUACUCUUAUAUUACAAGCAUUGUAAUAAGCCAAAUGUAACUUUCAUUGUAAAAGGAGCAGUAACGACUACGUCUAGUGAAAAACCAAUAAUGGAUAUUUACAAUCAAGUAACAGUGGAAAAACCAAAGAAAAUUAUGGUUACGAAACAUACGAAAAAUAUGGGUAAAUUUAGUUCGGUUACAGUGUCUACAAUUGAUGAAGAAGAGGAUGAAAUUGAAGCGCGUGAAGUUGCUGAUAGCUAUGCGAAUAAUGCAAGAAUUAUUGAGAAACAAUUAGAACGAAAGGGAAUGAAUAAACGAAAACCGGAGAUGACACAAUUAAUUGGAGAUACAGAAACGAAACGACAUCGUGGAACGCUUAUUGAUAAAUAAUUUUAACAUUUAAU